CCACUCUGGCACUCUCUUGCACUUUCUAAAUUUGAAUUGAAAAAUACAAAAGGAGAAAAGGUGAAGUUUUACAUCUCGCGCGUAUCGGUGAUGAUGAUUUUUAAUUAACUCUGUUGCGCGCGAAGAGCUUGCGCGUGAUCUUCGAAAAUACGAAAUUUAAAAGAAAUUCAAGCUGUUCCGCGACACAUAUGUUCGUUGAUCAAUUCCAUUUAAACCAAAACGUAUACACGCGAGAAAAGGAAGAGGACGGACGGGGAAAAAAACAUCAAGUUCAGAAAGUGCAUCUACGGGACUCACACGAUUCGCGAUCAUUUGCAGCCACAAAUAACGAACCGAUUCGUGAAUUCUCCACGACGCGACGGUUACGCUUCCCGUUCAAACCCAACCCCCGACGCGAUCCCGACGUCCCCGACGUCAAUCGACGUCACCCCGCGGCCGCCAGUGGACACUCGCGGAUAGUCUAUCGAUUUGCGAUUCGAUCGAUUAUUGCUCGCGCUAGUAUCGCAUACUAUCUCCCUCUCACUGGUGCUACCUAGAAUUUGACGCAACACUCGGAUGCGGUAGCGCGUGUAAGGGCAGUCCUAUCACACGAAAUCAAAAGAUCUUAACAACCAUAAGAAAAAUACACAAAGGCACUACCGAUGGUGACGGUGAUAGUCGGAAAAAAAUCUCACAACGGUAAAAAGAGCAAGAUCGUUUCUCUGAGCGACGCGAUCGGCACCACGAACGAAUUUGAAUUCGAAGCAGGCCGGCGGGACAGCAUAAAACCGGGAGAACCAAAGUGGGCGAAUUACAUAAAAGGAUGCGUCGCUAAUUUUGUUUGCGAUGUUCCUGCAUUCAACGCGGUUGUCGUAUCGACUGUCCCGGCGGGUGCUGGUCUCAGCAGCUCGGCGGCAUUAGAAGUAGCGACUUACACCUUCUUGGAGGCGCUAAGCGGAGAAAAACCAGAGAAACCAGAACAGAAGGCUUUAGCGUGUCAAAAAGCGGAGCACGACUUCGCCGGAGUGCCUUGCGGUAUAAUGGACCAGUUCAUCUCGACUAUGGGCAAGGAGGGCUGUGCUCUCUUGCUUGACUGUCGUGAUCUCACCACAAAGCAAAUACCCAUGCUUUACAUAGACGACUACGUUUUCCUCAUAACGAAUUCGAACGCGCCGCACAAGUUGAGCUCGAGCGCUUAUCGCGAGCGCAGAGAUUGUUGUUACGAAGCUGCGAAAAUAUUGGACAAAAAAAGCUUGAGGGAUGCGAAUAUAAAUGACAUUCAAGUACUUGAAUCACAGAACGCGGCCGUUCACGUUGUGAGAAGAGCUCGCCACGUGAUUACGGAAAUUCAACGAACCCUGAACGCCGCGGUGGCGCUCGAGAAAGGUGAUUUUCAACAGUUCGGCCAAUUGAUGAACGAGAGUCACGAUUCACUGCGCGACGACUACGAGGUCUCCUCCGCAGAGCUCGAUUCGCUUGUCUCAGCCGCUAGAGAGGUGGAUGGUGUGUUGGGAAGUCGCUUGACAGGUGCGGGCUUCGGUGGUUGCACCGUCACUUUGUUGAGAAAGGACGCGAUUGAGAGGGCGAUUCAACAAAUAAAAGCGAAGUACUCCGGUACACCCGCAUUCUACAUAGCAACGCCAAUCGGAGGUGCUCGUGAAAUCAGCGUUAAUUAAUAAUAUUUUUGUUGAUUUUCAAUACACACAUGUACAUAUUUUGCAAUAUUGUAUAUCACAACAGAUUUGUCUUGAAAUAUGACUGAUAUAUUUUAAA